AUUUCAGGUGCUGCCAGACCAUAUUUCCUGAUGCAGUACACGGAAAUGUAACCCUAAAUGCACAGUGUGUACUAUUGUCGAUCAGCUUGCAAAUUGUGAAGAUGAAUCGAAACCUGUUAUACGUGUAGAUCAUGUGAAAUAUCACUACGGUGCCAUCUUGGUUAUAAUAGCACCUGUAGAUGAAGAUGUUCAAGAACCUAAGCUUUGCAUUGGACUGGGAGCUCACAGCUACAAUACGAGAGAAAGAUCAUCUGAAACAGCUGGUCCAAGACAGAGGAGGUGAUAUCACCUAUGCUGUCACAAAACAGACAUCAUGCUUGGUGAUAGCUGGGAAAGAUCACACACCAGACUCUUACAAACUACACCAGGCACAGACGUUCAGAGUUCCAGUGGUGACUGUCAGCUACAUUCUAAACAGUAUGCAAUAUGGAAAUCUAGAAGACAUUAAAAAGUAUCUCGUCAAGAAAUAUCAGAUUGCUACAAAUGAUACAGUCCAGACAGAAACUGAAGAAAAGGAGUGUAUGGUGGAGAAAGACUUUACGGACCUGGAUGAUGCUGAGUUGUGGGAUUCUGGCGACGUUCUGGAUGAGGCUGAUGAUGAUUACAAUCAGUAUGAGGUGCUCAAGUUCUGUGUCCUGCCAAAAAUGGACAAGAAAGGCCAUCAGCUGUUUCAAGUUUUGGAACUUCAUGUGCCCAAAGAUUGCAACCAGGGAUCUCAGAGUUCUGAAUUCCGUGUUUAUUCUAGUGAAGAGAUUCACGAUGAUGCAUCUUGGAAUGGAAAAAAUACUGUGAUCAGAUAUCGUCAUUUCCCCACACUGGUUGAGGCUAUGAAUGUGUACACCUGGCUUUAUGAGAAAUUGAUCUCUUCCGCAAACUACAACAUAGAACAAACCAAAGUAUCUCCUUGUGGAUCCACUAUACUGAAAGAGAGGUUGAACCCUAAGUUGUCAACAGUAGAAGGUGUAGAUAUUAUAGAAGACCUGUGGAAGGAAAGUUGGCUGUGUAUCAGGAAUCAUGUUGCCACAGAGCUUAAAAAUAUCACAUUGGAAAAAGUUGUAAAAGCUAUGGGAAUUUUGGAACUUCUGAGAGAAGAGCUGCAGGAAGAAAGUGAUAGAAACAAAGUAGAAUUCUUGUCCACCUCAUUUUACCAAGCUUUGCCCCAUUCUCCAGCACAUCAGUUCACAGUGGACACACAGGCCAUCAUAGCCCAGAAACAAGAUCUCUGCCAUUUUAUCAGGGGAACUCUUUCUCUGUCAGAAAGUUUUUCUGAAAACCUGAACCCUUGGGACUUGGGCCUAUCUUUCAGAUGGAGGUUUUGUCCCUUAAAACCACACACCCAAAGAUUUAGACAGGUGGAGUCUGCUCUCCACUCCAGAGCCCACAUCAAAGACAUCAAAAGCAUGUAUUUGAUACAGAAGUUUUCCAGCGAGGAUGUCCUGGAGAAUCUACCCACAGAGGUUGUCUAUACAUUUUACCCAGUGAAUGCACAUCUCAUUCUGGCAAUUUUAUGCAGCGAUCUCUCUGAACGAGCGCUAAUGUCAGGAUUGUGUUUGAGCAGGCAAGGUGUUAACAAGUCUGAUGAAAGGUUAACUGAGGAAUGCUGGGAAAUCAGUACUGUGCGCAAAACUCAGUUUGUGUUUGUUAGUGAAGCAUCUACAGAAGACAAGGCACAGGGUUCAGUUUAUUUGGUAGAACUUGUCCUGCAUGGAGGUUGUGAUGGCUCUGAGGCUGUACAGAGGUUACUUGAGGAUAUGGAUGAGGUUGGCAGCCUGAGUACGAUAUCUGCCCCUGCUGAUCACGGAUUAUUACUCAGGAAUUAUUUCAGAACUGUAGGGGACUAUUCCAUGAAUGCUGUCAAGCAGCAGAGGAGGAGUAGCACUUCAUCUGAAGAAGAUGACCUUAAAACAAGACAUGAACAGUGGAGAGUCGGGGUGUCAAAAGGGGGAGACAACUCAAACUACCUUCCUGUGUGUUCUAUUGCUGUUCAAGCAAAAGUAAUGGACAUGAUAGCCGAGGUCAACUUAAUUCAAACUUACAUCAAUGACAGCAAUGAGACAAUCCAAGGUCAGUAUCAUUUCCCUGUGGAUGAGUUGUGUGCCAUCACAGGGUUUGAGGCAGUUAUCAAUGACCAGCGCAUCUACGGGAAGAUUGAGGAAGUUAAAGCUGCUCACCAGAUAUACAAUGAAGCUAUAGAAGAAGGACAGGGAGCCUGUUUACUGGAACAGAGUACUACAAACCAGGAGGUGUUCACCAUGAAGGUUGGAAAUUUAAAACCACAUGACUCGGUGGUUGUUAAAGUGACUUAUGUGUGUGAAUUGCCAUUGUUGAUGGAUUGUAUCAGCUUCAGGCUUCCAGAGCUGGAGGCACAUGACCAGGGCACACUUGGUGCUAUUCAGUCAUGUGACUGUUCUGUGGAUGUUUCCAUAGAGAUGCCCUUUGACAUCACCACGCUGAAAUGUGAGACUCACACAGUAAAGAUAGAGAGAACAGCAACAAAGGCAACGAUAAAAAUGGACAGGAAUCAGCAGUUGACGAAAUGCUUCCAACUUCUCAUUGGUUUCUCUGAGAUUCAUUUACCCAGAAUGUGGGUAGAGCGUCACCCAGAUCAACCGUGGCACCAGGCCUGUAUGGUGACUUAUUACCCAGACCACCCUGCUGCAGAAAAUGAGUGCACAGAGGUGAUAUUCCUGGUAGACGUGUCCAAAUCCAUGGCGGGGAAACCUCUGGAGAAUGCAAAGAGUCUUCUACACAUAGCCCUGAAAGAACUGUCAUGCAAAUUCAACAUCGUGACCUUUGGACAUGAGCUGUGUGAGCUGUUCCCCAGUUGUGUAUCACCAACUCAAGAGAAUUGUGACACAGCUGAGAGAUUUGUGAGUAACCUGAAGCCGUCUGGCCACUGUACCGUUUUGAAGGCUGCUAUUUCAACACUGAACAGACUAUCUUCUGAUAGUCUGAGGACAGCGGUUUUCCUUAUCACAGAUGGAUUUGUUAACGGACAAGCGGUUGCCAAGAUGGCAGCAAGCCAAAGUGAUGACCAUGUUCAGAUAUUUACUUUGGCUGUUGGGUCCAGAACCAACAGUCACUUCUUGUGCACUCUAGCUCGAGAAGGAGGUGGAUUAUUUGAAAUGUUUGAACCCAGAGAGAGGGAUUUAUGGGACAGAAAGAUAUCAGAGUUGCUGAAGAAGGCUUCAAACCCAUGUGUCACUAAUCUAACCAUGACAUGGCAGCAGUUUGAGCCUGACCUUCCCUUCCCUGAACAAAGUCCCGCUGUUCUCCAGAACCUUUACUCUGGAUCCAGAUGUGUCGUGUAUGGCUUUAUUCAAAACUGUACUGUGAACUGUACUGUGGUAAGUGACACUGCCUUCCCUGAACAAAGUCCCGCUGUUCUCCAGAACCAUUACUCUGGAUCCAGAUGUGUCGUGUAUGGCUUUGUUCAGAACUCUUACUGUGCAAUCAAACAAGUGGAAUUACAGCCACCAGACAAUUUUUUUCUCAUUUUAAAGGCAUAUUUGAAUGGCCGUAUGAAUGGAGAAGAGGUGUCCACUGUGGUGUCAACACCUGAUCUGUGUGUCACAGAGGGAACAAUUCUCCACAGCCUGACUGCGCAUGCCUUGAUCAGGGAUUGGCAGUAUGGUAUACUGCACACAGAUCAUACACUUCAUGAGAUGUUGAAGUUUUCCAAGACAGAGAGAAUAGUACAGCUGAGUAAAGAGUUUAACGUCCUGUGUCCACUUACCAGCUUUGUUGCAGUGGAGGAAAACAGGAGUGGUGAUGCAGCCACUGAUGAGAUAGAAGAUCAGUCAUCUGACUUAGAUACUUCUUCACAAAACCAUUGUGAAUCUUCAGAGGAACAGUCACAGUUAUCUGAUAGUCAGCACAGAUAUUCGCAGAAGAAAAUGCACAAUUUUACACCAUCAAAUGCUAGAUAUUUAAGCAAGCAUUUGCAACAAAAGAAGCCUUCCCAAGAUGUGUUGACUUGCAAACCAACAUAUCCUGUAAAUCAGAGUUUAUCUGAGGGUAGCACAUCUCAGUUUUCCAGAGGGCUCUGUGGAACUAACUCAGAUUUCUUUUCCAAGAGUGGAUAUUUGCAUAAAACUUUGUGUGAGAACAAAUUAACACAGCUUAACAAUGUACAGCCUUCACAAAGUUUGUUUGGCAGCAAAGCAGCACAACUCAAUGUACAAGCACAGCCUUCUCAAAGUUUGUUUGGUAAAAUAGCAACACAGCACAACACCAUACCACCCUCUCAAAGCCUCUCACAAUCUAACACCCUACAGCCCUCUCAAAGCCUGUUUGGCAACCAAGUAACACAGCCUAACACCAUACAGCCCUCUCAUAGCCUGUUUGGCAACAAUGUAACACAAUCUAACACCAUACGAAGUUCUCAAAGCCUGUUUGGAAACAAGUUAGCACAGACCAGUUCUGCUUCUGAGACUUCUAGUGUUGAUAUUACUCCCUCUACAACGACUAGCUGUGGGAGCAGUCCCACUUUCAUUACCAGCUCUACCACUGGGACUAAGCCUUUAAAUUUUGAAAAGACUUCCUGUCCAUCUGUGCAUUUCAGUAGUUCUUUGGCCAAGCCUUCUGGCGUUGAUAGUGCUCCCUGUACAACUGCCAGAUCCUCUAGUACUCCUGCUAAGUCUAUGAGUUCUGUUAAUGCUUUAUCUGGUGGUAUUGAUAGUCUUAGUACUAUUCAUAUCAGUUCUAAUGCUUCUUCUGGCAAGCCUUUUUCUUUUGGCAGUAGUGCAACCAGUUCUGAUAGGACCCCUGUUUCAAGUGCAAGCAGUCCUGCAAAGAUGGGCAAAUUUGCUAAUGAUCAUGCUCAGAUUUCCAACAGUUUGACUGAGACAACCAGUUUAGGCAGUGCUCCUGCACAAACAUCUGGUUCUGGCUGUGCUCCUGUGCAAACAUCUGGCUUUGGCAGUGCUGUUGCGCAAACAUCUGGUUCUGGUAGUGCUCCUGCACAAACAUCUGGUUCUGGUAGUGCUCCUGCACAAACAUCAGGUUCUGGCAGUGCCCCUGUACAAACAUCUGGUUUUGGCAGUUCUUCUCAGACAUUUGGUUUUAGCAGUGUUCCUGCACAACCAUUUAGUUUUGGCAGUGCUACUGCACAAACAUCUGGUUUUGGCAGUGUUCCUGCACAAUCAUUUAGUUUUGGCCGUGCUCCUGCACAAACAUCUGGUUUUGGAAGUGCUUCUGCACAAACACCUGGUUCUGGUAGUGCUCCUGCACAACCAUUUAGUUUUGGCCGUGCUCCUGCACAAACAUCUGGUUUUGGCAGUGCUCCUGCACAAACAUCUGGUUUUGGCAGUGCUCCUGCACAAUCAUUUGGUUUUGGAAAUGUUUCAACUAAAAAUUUUGAUGUAGGUAGGGCUGCUGGAAGAGCUCAGUUCACUACUCUGACAGAUUUUACUUUUAAUGGCAGAGGCAAACUACAUAAUAACAAUAACAACACUCAUUCUGGACAAACUUUUGGUCAAGGCUUUGGGAGCAAUAUUGCACAUCCCAACAGUGUGCCACAGAAAAGUUUGUCACAUCAUGUCCCAUUUCUAAGCCAUGGUUCACGAACCAGACCUAUACUGCAUCCCUCAAAGUUAAAAUUGCCAAAAGAGGUUGAUGGUCGCUACAGACAAAAUCAUGCAAAUACUUGGAAAUCCAACACACUACGAGCUAGAUCAUUGGGGAAAACUCUGAAGAGCUGUCAAUCAAGGACCACUAAAAGAAGUGGUAUAUUUGAGUCUGUGGUGGAAACCAGUGAACAGACAAAUAGAAGAGGCCUUGAGAAUGUGAUACAGGAACAGUGGGAUUAUGUCAAACUGGUGGAAUACCUCCAUGCCUUUGAGGCCAUGUUGUCAGGUGCUUCACUCUCUACAGGUUUUCAUGGCGUAAAACAUGACCUGACAUCCCUUGCUGAGAGAAUGGAACAGACCAAAAGACUUCUCCAGGCAAAACAAAACUUGAACAUGGAAGGCCAUCAGCUGCAGUCUCUGCGGGAGUUUGUCUGUCACCAGUGGUCAAUAAAGGAAACCUCGCACCUGUUGUCAGUUCUAGAUGAUAUAGGGGACCUGAUUGACAUGUCGGGUAAUACAGCGUGGCCUCCAGAAAAUUGUGGUCAGACAAAGAUUUUGAGUCAGAAACGAUUCAUUGUGAGAUGUGGAACACCAACUUUGUCUCAACAUAAUUUAGAGAAACUCUUUGCUGCCCAGAAAAAGUCUGGACAUUGGGAGUUCAGUGAAGAAGUGAAUGAUCUGAUUGCUGUGGACAAGGAUUUGUGUGUCAGCUUGUUAAAUGAAGCAGGAUUGAAGUCUCUGGGUAAAAUGGUUGGUGAGAAGGUCAUGUGUGUAUUGGCGACCAUGAUGGCUCUGCUAGUGCUGCUGGAUCUGUUGACCUCCACAACAUUUCCAGUGACAAGAUCCCAAUUCCUGGAGGAGCUGUCUUUGGCUGCCAUAUUGAAGAAACUCUCAGCUGCCUUGAAAGGACAUCCAAAGUGUCAAAAGUUUACAGAUUCCAUCUUGCUGGCAGGGAAGUUUGUGUUGAAGGUGGAUAAAGAUCACGUUUUACUUUAUUCUCAGUUGGAACUGGGGAGUAACUGGGAAGAAGCAGCAGCACAGAUGUUGGGAUUUAUUAUGUAAUCAUAGGCACUUUUUCCUGAAGGAUGCCAAGCAAUGUCCAAUCACGUGGCCGAAAAAGUCCCAUCAAAAACAACAGUACAAGUAUUAAAGCCAUUUCCUGUGUGUUUGCUGUUUUUGAACAUCCUGCUCUGUGUUUCUUUUUACUUUUGUUACAUCUUCCAAAUGUUAACUUGUUGUGCUUUCUUGUUCCUUUUGUAAAUAUGUGUACAACCUUUUGUACAAUCAUAGGCUGUGAUAAGUAAAACAGCAAUCCUUUUUAUAUUUAAUUGCAGGAACCAUGUAAUAUCUCACUUUCCUGUUUAAAACUCGUCAAUAAUUAAUUUGUUCAAAUAUAUGCAACAGGUGGACUGAUACUAUAUUAAUAGUUUUACACAUACCGAUAUAUGUUUAUUUUUGUAAUUCCAUCUGUUAUGUUUAUUUAUUAUUUAUUUGUGUGGUGUUUUACACUGUAUUCAAGAAUAUUUCACUUAUGCAUCGGCGGCCAGCAUUAUGGUGGGAGAAAACCAGGAAGAGUGCAGGGGAAACACACGACUAUUGGGUUGCUGGUACACCUUUCCACAUACAUCUGGAGGCCCCUAUGUUAUGUUUGGUAUAAUAAGAAAUAAAGUAUAUCCAUGUACAUGUAAGUACAAGUAUGUUAGUUUGGUAUAUAUUUGUUUUGCCAGCAAGGUUGCUAGCCAAUUGAAUCUGUGAUAUGUCUGUGUGUACGACAUGUUUUUGAUGUAUCCAUUAUAGAUAUCCAGUUG